GGCCUAAAAACAAUCAAGGCCCACCUUAAGAAAACGAGCGAGCAAGAGGGCCUGAUUGGGAGGAUUCAACAGGCGAGGGCGAUUGAAUGAUUCAGGAGAAAAAACAGAAGAAGUGAGCGGAACAUGGUAGUUGCUGAUCUGGAAACAAUAACAACAGAAAGGGAAGAGGAUCGAAUCCCUAAACCCUAACAACCACCUUUCAUUGCCCUCUCCACGGCCUCUCUCUCUCUCUCUCUCUGUCAAACCCAUCCCGUGGCCACACAUACGGGCAAUUCACGUCUCUCUCAAUAGCAGUCCAUCCACUGCAUCUGAACGGUUCGGAUCGCUGAAUCAUGGGCCGCAUUUGCAAGUAUUAAAAACCCGAGUACGCUGUACGAAGAAAGCCUCGGGUCGCGUAUCGUGUAAUCUCAAUUUUCUUUCCAGCUCCGUCUCUGCUGAAGAAAUGAAGCGAAGAAAACUGGAAUCCGUUUCCGAAGCUCGGAUCUCAGACCCGAGAACCGAAGAAAGAAGCGAAGAGCCGAUUUCGAGGGAAAAUCGCUCCUCCUCUCUCUUCUCAUCUCCGAGGAGAAUCCUUUUGCUAUGCCUGGCCUUCCGUACAGCUAAUUCCUUACUCGUGCGGACCUACUUCAACCCCGACGAGCACUGGCAGUCUCUGGAGGUGGCCCACCGCAUCGUAUUCGGAUAUGGACAUCUUACGUGGGAAUGGAAGAAGGGGAUCCGAAGCUACCUUCAUCCACUGAUCUUUGCUCUCCUGUACAAAAUCCUUGAGUUCUUCCAUUUGGACACUCCCUCGUUCAUGAUGAAGGCUCCACGGCUUCUGCAGUCCAUUUUUUCCUCAUUUGGCGAUCUCUACUUGUACAAGCUUUCUUAUCUAAUCUUCAAUGAGCGUGUUGCUCGAUGGGCUCUCUUUUCUCAGUGGGUGAACUGGUUUAUGUUUUUCUGUUCCACACGGACCCUAUCAAAUAGCCUGGAGACAGCAUUGACCAUGAUCGGUCUAUUCUACUGGUGGCCCUCUCUCAAAGGUCUGUCCAAACCAGGUCCAUUGGCUUCAAGAAAGUUAGCUUUGGCUGUGGCGGCAUUAGCUUGUGCUGUUAGACCAACAAGUGCUAUUACAUGGUUGUAUAUUGGCCUUUUGGAUCUGUUUAAAAUACGUAAUAGGGUGAAAUUUCUAUUCCUUGAGGUAGUCCCAAUCGGGGCUCUAGUGCUCGGAAUCACAUCUUUAUUAGAUCGGUGGAUGUAUGGUUCAUGGGUGUUCGUGCCUCUUAAUUUUCUCAAGUUCAAUUUUCUCUCUUCUGGGGGAGACUAUUAUGGGACCCACAAAUGGCAUUGGUACUUCACCCAGGGAUUCUCAGUCAUGCUUUUCAGUUUCCUACCAUUCUCAAUAGCUGGCAUCUUUCAGUCCAAGGAAUGGAAGCUUUCUGGCCUGAUUGCAUGGGUUUUAGGACUUUAUAGUGUCCUUGGUCACAAGGAAUUCAGGUUUGUCCUGCCAGUGCUUCCCAUUGCUUUAAUGUUCUCUGGAUAUUCAUUAGCGGCAAUGGAAAACCUUGAUUCUUCGGAUAAUAGAAAGAAAGGAGCUUCAAAAUUCCACAUCAGGUGUCCCACUAAAAUGCAGCUGUCGAUCUUUUUCUUGCUUGUGACCAAUCUUCCAAUGGCUUUAUAUAUGAGCUUGGUUCAUCAGAGAGGAAGUGAAGAUGUUAUGAACUUUUUAGCCAAAGAGGCCCUUCAUGGAAGAGUCGAUAGCGUUAUUUUCCUAAUGCCCUGCCAUGCUACACCUUAUUACUCCACCCUACAUUGCAACUUGCCCAUGCGCUUCUUGGAUUGCUCUCCGAGCGACGAUAAAGGAAGCCUUGAUGAAUCAGACCGUUUCAUGAUGGACCCAGUUGGGUUUGUAUCGAACAUGGCCGGGAAUUGGUCCGUACCUAGCCACAUAGUAAUGUUUGAUUCUGAAGAAAGAAAGUUGAAAGAGUUUCUAACCAUGCAUUCCUUCAGAGAGAUAAAAAGAUUUUUCCACGCACACUUCAAAGUGGACCGUGAUCUUCAAGCGUCUGUUCUUGUGUAUGCCUGGAAAGGCGAGUGAUGGGCCACACAUUCAUGCAAGGUAAUCUUAGUUGGACGCAUUUGUUAUGGCUUAUAGGCUCCAGUUGCUAUGAGUUUUUCCAAUGUAAAUCUAUCGUGUGAUUAAUUGGCGUUCGCCAGUAUAUUAAAUGACAAUUUAUUUCUGA